GAAACUAAACUCCUACGAACUCCUUAAAAACGAGCAACACUUCUACCACCGUGACAUCUACCAUGUUAACCGUGAAGCAGACGCGUUGUCUUUUAUUGAUUUUCAGCGUUUUUGCGGCUUGUGUUGAUGGAGUAAGAGGUGUUCCGGCCUCGUGCAGCUCAARCUUGUCAAAUGUCACCUUCUCAUCCUCUUCAUUUCAAGAUAAUCUCCACUCACCACACGAAGCACGCAUCAACGGUCCUUCGGCCUGGUGUGCUAAACAAAAUGACAUCACAUCACCAUGGAUACAAGUGUCAUUUGGUAAAAAGGUUCAGGUGACAGGAAUGAGGAUUCAGGGAAGUAAAACAGAGUUUAUAUGGGUGAAAAGGUUUAGUAUUGAAUAUAUGCCAAGAGAUGGGAGAUGGAUUAAAUAUGGUCAGGUGCUGAAUGGCAACUCAUACAAAGACUAUACAUCUGGCAAAACCAACACAUUCCGCCCUGCCCUGUUUGCGCAUGAUAUUAGGGUAUAUCCACUAGAAGUCAAAGGUAUUUCUACCGGAAAGGAAGAAACCUUUGCUCCUUGUCUACGAAUGGAAUUUUACGGGUGUCACGUGUCCUGUCCUGAUCCUGGUCAACCAAAGCAUGGCAUACGAAUGGGAAACAAUUUCCUGGACGGAAUGAUUGUUAAUUUUACCUGUAAUCGUGCUGAUUAUGAUCUUGUCGGUGCUGCUUCUGUACGAUGUACUAAUGGCACUUGGGAUAAACCUACGCCUUCCUGCAAAGCUCGAUGUAAAUAUCCAGGAAUUCCCAGGAAUGGAUUGGUAGUAAACCUAGAUUUGCGCCAUGCCAGUAUCAUCCAGUACAGGUGCAGCAAAGGGUUUAAACUUCAAGGUUUUGCAAAUCUGACAUGUUACAAUGGACAAUGGAACCACCUUUUACCUUCAUGUAUCAUUGACGAUGAUGAUGACGAUGAUGGUUCAGGAAGUGGUAGUCUAGUUUCGUGCAGUGACCCAGGGAUGCCAGAGAAUGGUGGUCGUCAUGGUGACAAAUUUAUUGAAGGUCAAACAGUGAUUUUCUUCUGCCGGAAGAGUUUCACACUGUUCGGCUAUUCACAAAUCACUUGUACUAAUGGCAGUUGGUCGGGAAUGGUACCACAAUGCAGAGCGCAAUGUAAAGAUCCCGGCAUACCACUGAACGGUGUCCGCCAUGGCAACAACUUUGCUGAGGGCCAAAGUGUCAUGUUUUUCUGUCACCAAGGCUACGAUCUUAUUGGUAGUCAUGAGCCCAUGUGUAUUGCUGGUCAGUGGUCCAGUGUUACUCCACUUUGUAAACCUCAAGGAAACACUUGCACCAGACCAAGCUCCUUACCAAAUGUUAGAAUCUAUGGCUUAUACAAACAGUUUUAUAAGAAAGGAGAGCUACUGUUCCACAUGUGCGCACCGGGGUACGCCCUGGUUGGUACUGGCGUACGGACGUGUCAAGGAAACACCUGGUCAAAGAGUCUUUUCAAAUGUGCACCGAAGAGUUGUGGGGACCCUGGAACUCCUGUCAAUGGAUAUAAAGAUGGGCUGGUUUACAAGGUCAAGAGUAAAGUCUACUAUUACUGCUUUCCCGGUAACGCGAUGCGUGGAUCAUCCAUGAGGGAAUGUUUGACUAAUGGCUCUUGGAGUGGAAUCACACCUCUUUGCACACCUGUUGAUUGUGGUGAUUUACCAACUCCCAUUAACGGCUUCAAAGACGUCACCAGGACAACAUAUCUAAGCAGAGUCAAGUUCAGAUGCACAAGACGAGGAUACCGUCUGAUUGGAUCCAGUUUGAGAGUAUGUCAAGGCAAUGGCAACUGGUCAGGAACACAACCACAAUGCAAAAAGAGAUUGUGUGACAAGAUCAACGCACCUGUAAAUGGAGCCAUGAGUAUCCAUGGUAACUACACCUACAGAUCUAGCGUGACAUUCACGUGUAACAAGAAUCACGUGAUGGUGGGAAGUGAUCGAAGUGUCUGUCUGGAUGAUGGGACUUGGAGUUCACAAGCACCUAAGUGUAAAACGACAUUACAGCCAUGGCAGCCAUGUCCUAGGCGUUGGAUACAACAUAACGAUGCUUGCUAUUUCUUCAAGCAUAAAAUAGGAAAACCACAAUCUUGGAAUCGACUCAAAAAUAGGUGUAAAAAGUAUAAAGCAAGUCUUCUUCAUCUCCAUGACAACAAAGAAUGGAAAUUCGUGAAGCGCCACCUCAAAACGACAGUUUCUUCUUCAUAUGCUAUUGGGUUAAUGUAUAAGGGAGAUGGGGUGUGGAGAUGGUCUAAGGGAGGCACCGUAACCGUAUCAAAAUGGGACACCUCGAAGAGAAAAGGCAAGACAGACUCAUGUGGAGUAAUACAGGCAUCUAAUGGUUUGUUUAGACCUGUGUCAUGUGGGCGAAAACUUACAGCUUACAUUUGUAAGAAAUCUCGAUAAAAAGUUUGACUGCAAACAAAAAGAUCUAAAGAACUAUGCAGAAAUGAAGCGAAAUACAACAGUGAAGUACCAAAUACAGAAAGAUGUUUAUUGUAGUGAACGUCUACCAAUCUUAACCAGAAAACGUUGCAACAUGAAGGCAAUUAGAGAAAAAUACACUAUCUGUUUUUUCUGUCUUUCUAUCUGCAUGUUUACUGAAGGGAGCUCAGACAAUUUAGAAGCUAAAGAAUGGCAUAUACAACUACAGAUUACUCUCGUUUUGAUUCUUUGGCAUUCAAAAUAAAAACUAAAAAAUCGUAAGAAACGCUGAAUUAAUUAUUAAAAGGGAUUUGGACUGAAAUGUCGCAAAUAAUUGCAUUUGCUUCAAAAAAUGAAAAUCAUCUUCCAUCGUUUAUCCUUUCAUCGUUUAUCCUAUCAUCAUUAUCCUUUAUGCCUGUGUGGCACGUAUAAUUCUUAUUAUUAGUUUCCAACUAAGGUUUUUAUCUAUACAUUUAUAUAUCUUUAAUAGACUAUGUGCUUACGAGAAUGGCUUGACUAAUAGCAGGAAAUAUUCUAUAACUCACCAGCGAUUUUUUAAAAAGGAGUAACAUAGCAGAUCUUUGUCUGUAGGUGUAUGUCAAUGUGUGGAAAUCUGGUGUCCAGUUGAAUAUUUCCUUAUCUUAUUUAUUUCUUAUCUUCAUGUUUCCCGCCAGCCCAAUGAAUCCUGGGUAAACAGGCUUGUAGAACAUGACGUCAUACUUCCAAUGCGCACGAUCUUUAAAGUUUGCUUUGCAUAUUGGGAUGGAUAGUGGAUGAGAGUUGUUCGGAAACGUCCAUUGGAAUACAGAUAUCAAUUAACAAUAUUUUGAUGUGAUAUGAUUAUUAAAGAUAUUUUGGGUUA